AGUCACUUCUCUAUACUCAGACACCAGCAACUUCAGUGUUUUUUUUUACAAGUAUGUUGCAAAGAACCUCGAAUCAAGAUAAACUAAGUGCUCUAUUAAUUGAGGAAAUUGCCUUUCUGCCGCCAAGCUGACGAGGAAGUUUGUUUUUCAUAUAAAGGGACGGUUUCGUAUCUGUGCUUUCAUACCCGUGUCAUGCACAACACAGAUGAGACAUAUUAAUAAUCGCUACAGCAGUGCAGUGCAGUGCACAUUAGGCAGUCGAGGAGCCGCGUGCACUUUCGAGAACUGGGGAUCGCUGAGGCGUAGGAUAGACUACGGUCCGUUGUCGAAUACUUGGUUCUAAAUCCUUUAAGAAUAUAUCUAUAGUGUAAGAAGUACGCUCUACCCGAGGAAGAGAGGAAGACAUAUCGUUAGAGUUGUGACUUGAAUUUCUUCCACCAGGACCGGAAAAAUGACGAUGGUUGGGAACGCGGCGAGACGAAGCGCCAACCGCCAGUCUGGGGCACUCUAUCAAGGCCUCAGCAUGGCUCGGGAACUUGGCUUACCAGAGAACCAGCUGCGAGCUGCUCGCGUUCAGAAUGUUCCCGAUGAGAUCAAAGCCCUUCCGUACUUCUAUGCUAAAUUCGGUGACAGCAAAGUCGCACAGAGAUACGUUGAGGAACACGCACAGGGGCCAGGCUAUUACCUUUUACGGCUAAGCUCGAAGGGAGAUAACUACUUGUCGCUCUCAGUCAGCAUCGAUGCAAGCUCUGUCCGACAUGUCAACGUGGUGAUUGAACGAAAUCCAACCCUGAAAUACUACAUCGUAGAACAGAUCAAAUUCAACUCCUUCAACGAACUGUGCAAAAACUACAGCAGUCAGAGGAUCCGGAACCUGGAGCAGAUAGAUAACGUCAGACUCAUCCACCCAAUCAUCCACGGAGCUGAAUCCAAGGAGGCCUAUGCACCCCUGAAAGGCGGAAUGCCCAGCACAUCCAGAAGGUACUCCGACAACAGCCCUCCUAAAACACCCGAUGCUGGAAAGCUUACUCCCCAGUUCGAUUUCGGAGUAAGAUGCGUGGAUGGUCCUCAGCAAUCUCGAACUCUUGGAGGAAGGAGACGGUCGGCAAGCAAUGCAACACGCCCCCUGCCCAAACCACCAAAGUCCAACAGUGAGACCCGACCCCCCUGCCCCCCUCCUCCGGGGUCAGGAAGCAACCCAGGCCUGUACUACUCGUCCCCGAGGGAUGUGGACAAAAACAGGUUCGACGAACUCCGGGAUGGAUUGAUGGAUACAGAUCUCUGUGAAUGUGGUGUGCCCAUUUGUGAUUCCCAACUCCCCCAAGGCUGGACUCUGCACAAGAGCAACGACCCCGCCUCGUACGGCUGUCUCUUCUACCAGAAUACUGAAGGUGAAACAACAUGGGUCCUGCCUCUCCAUAUAGUACCUGGCAUCACUGCCAAGAUGAAGAACGUGAUCAUCAAACUGAGCAACCAGAGCGGGAACUCUCCCCCAUCAGUGCUGUUCCCGCCGUAUCAAGAUAAGACGAGGGGACGAGGGGACGGUCCAUGGAAUGGAGUGAAUUCCAUGUACGGUUCCUGCAGAGAUACGAGGGAAUUGGAUGAGGAUGACUAGGUCCAUAGAUGCUCCUUCUUCUAUGGACUCGCGCAUGAAGGCAUGCACUUGCUAUCGCAUCUCAAUUGAAUGCAUUUAUGAGAACGUAUGAUCAGAACAUGGCAGUGGACUGGGCGUGACAGAGGGUAGCAUUUGUAUGAUACAUCGUUACCCUACAGUAAGUGAUACUUUCAUCUGAAUCUCUUUCCUUGGAAACCAAUGACUACACGGAAUGCAGGACGUCAGCUUGACCAUGUUCUGAGUUCUGGUGAGACACUUGAGAAACUAUGCCCAAGACGGAUAAUGGAUUGACUGUUUGUGGGGACAUUUAUCACUGCUGAACCAACAGAAUUGAGGAAUAUUUCCAGAAGAUUCAUUUAUUUCCAUCGUAUGGAAACUUCACAGGACAAUAACUGCUCAAUCGUGUCCAUUUCUGACCCGUAAAUUAUACGUUACUCUACGUCUAUAGGUCCAUUGGAGCCUCACAAUGUAUGUAACUGAAUGUCCAGGUUAUGGUUAUAUAGCUCAACGGAUUGAUACAUUUAAUUUAUACUGCAAUCAAAUGGUUUUUACCAUGUUUUCGAUAUUUUUGUAAUCGAUAGUUUGGUGUGUAGAGUGGAUAGCCAGGGGUGCAGCAUAAUACUUAUUACAGUAAACUACGGUUAUAACGAACUCAAAGGGACUACUAAUUUUAGUUCGUUAUAACCGUAAUUGGUUAUAAGCAUAUAUACAGCAUAACCACAGCAUAUAGUCGGGACUAAAAAGUUAGUUUGUUAUAUCCGUUAGUUCGUUAUAAGCGUGUUCGUUAUAACCGUAGUUUACUGUACUACCUUUGAUGCCCAUCGACCGUCGGGUAACCUCAGAUGGAGGCCUGAGAUGUUCUAAUAAUUCAAUACUGUUGGCAGACAUUUUCAGGAUUAUUAAUUUAAGUUCAUGUAUUAUGGGUAUUUUAUGACUCGAUUGAAAAUAUUUUUGCAGGGAUAUUCUUAGAGGAACGGUUACACAAUAGGCGGUUUGUAUAACACUUAUGUUUGCAAUUUGGUUAUUCUAAAACUGAUUCAUUCUUGACAUUCACUCAUCCCGGAAAACGUGUGAUCAGUUGAUGACGUAAGAUACCAUUGGGACUGGAUUUAAUACGCAGUUCGUGUAUGAUCCAUAUAUUUGUUUUAAUUUAAAUUUAGUUUCAAUUGAAAGUCAAGUCGAAGUUAAAAGUGCUAUUUCUCAGGAAAAUGUUUAAUAAUAGCACAUGUAAAUAUUUCCUUGUUUCAUAGAGAGCUAUAUCACGAGAUGGCUAUACGACAUGGAAAUACAUUUGACAUGUCCCUCAAACUACAUGCCGUUUCCUGUGACAUAUAUCACACACCGCCGGCAGUAGUAUACUCAGCAUGGUUAGAGUGAGUGAGUGAGUGAGUUUGGUUUUACCCCGCAAUAUUCCAGCAAUACCACGGCGGGGGACACCAGAAAUGGGCUUCACACAUUGUGCCCAUGUCGGGAAUCGAACCCUGGUCUUCGGCGUGACGAGCGAACGCUUUAACCACUAGGCUACCCGAGCGCCCGCAUAGUUAGAUGUUACGCUGUGGCAGCCAUGCCACAUCUUGAAGAACCUUCCUUCAGUUUCGGUAACCACGAGGCAGCAAUCUGUAAACAUAAAGAUCCCUAGAAUGAAUAUAAAAUAAUCUGAAUAUAAUGUUGGAAUAAGAUACCAAAGACUCCUAUUUCAUUACAUUGUUUUGUGUGAAACGUCUCGGGAUUUGUUAUCUAAGUAAAACCUAUAUUUUUGUAGAUGAACAACACCCUGCUACUAUAUGAUGUUUUAAUAUUUAAAGCAUUUUACUUUUUAUUUGUUAUAUAAUGUACAUAGUUGCAUAUUUAGUUUUAACAAUUUUUAUAUUUGAACGUUGAAAUAAUGUAUACAUAAUGAAUUGAAACAUCAAUUUUUUAAUAACACAUAUAUGCUUUAAUAUAUUUUAAAUUUCCUGCUUGUUGACAUAACCCCCAAAUAAGAUUGAAUUAAGAAGAAAUGUAUAUACUUUGAGAUGGUUUUCACCCAAUCUCAUUAAAAUCAGUUUUUAGUUUUCGCCUCUGCAAAACAAAGAUCUGAGGACACCCCAUUACAGGCUUCGUCAGAACGCAAACUUUGUCCGACCAAUGAAAUGAAAGUCGAGAUUAGCCAGUCAGAGAGCAGCUCACUGGAGCUAUACGGUACUGAUUUAAAACUGACGACUACGCUUUGAAAUUUUUUUUGACAAAUUUUCUGUACUUACAGUGUGAAAACUGAACAAAAGAACAUUCUGGAAUGUUUAUUAGAUGAUCUAGAUUGUAUGCCAGUACAUCUCACGUGCCAUGCAAAGUCUGUUCCGUUCAAUGUUUAACCCAUUGAUGAUAGACGAAUAUUACAGUGAGCUAGCACUAUAAAUCGGCAUUAGUCCGGACUAGUACAAGCAGCCACACACACACACACACGCACACACGUGCAUGCACGUCGCUAUAUAAGUGCAAUCUUGGACGCGACGUUAAACCCAAUUUCACCUCAUCUUUUUUUCUACUGCUCAGAUUGUUUACAAAGGGCAAAACUAAGUUGCAUUGCUUUUGCUUCUUUUGUUCUACUAGGCGCCCAGUUUCAAAGGGUCUGAACGAUGCUUUCAUAUUUGUAGUUUUCCCUGUAAAUAUGUUCGUCCUUGUAUCAUAAUCGAAACUCUGGGCAGAGGCAAAGGUCUUCACAUAACUGUAAUAAAUAUUUCCUGUACAUCAAAGUCUUGAUUAGCCUUGAAUCAGCCGUGUACAGAUAGACUCUGAUUGUGAAUUAACCUUUGAUGUUGUGUACAUGGUGAAAAUAAACUGUUAUAUACACGUA